CUAAGGCGCGACAGCCGGCGUACAGAAUCAACAAAAGCGCAGUCGAGGUAAAUGCCGGGAGUCGGAGAGCUGGAGGCCGCCGCGGCGGAACUGAACGCGCAGCAGGCGGUGGGUGCAGUGGCAAACGCGCUUGAAAAGCUGGUGGCGCGGAACGAUCUCGUUGCAGCGGCGACGAUGGCAGAGGAGGGCGGCGGAAAAGGAAGGGGAGUGGCCGCGUUCAGAGGCCUUCGGCGGCCGGCGAUAAGUAUAGAGAAGUAUAUGGAGAGAAUCCAUAGCUACGCCCUUUGUAGCCCGGCUUGCUUUGUGGUUGCGUUCGUCUACGUCGACCGGGCGGUCCACCGCCGGCCAGACUUGCUCGUCGGUUCGCUUAAUGUCCAUCGGCUGAUGCUCACCAGCGUCAUGGUAGCCUCCAAGUUCUUCGAUGUUAUGGCACAAAGCAAUGCAUUCUAUGCAAAGGUGGGAGGCGUGAGCAAUGCUGAGCUAAAUAAUCUGGAGAUAGAGCUGCUCUGUUUACUGGAUUUCAAAGUGAAUGUAAGCUCACAUGAGUUUGAGAGUUACCUCUCUCAUUUGGAGAAGGAAAUGCUGGCAAGCAGAACCCAUCCAAACUUCGCAAACCAUUCUGGAUUUGGAGGACAGCAAAGUUAUGUAUAAUAAGUUUGUUGAACUAUAUGAAAAACAACUGUUUGUUAUAGUAAUUCUUUUGUCAGACUCAUUAGUUUUUGAACUUAAUAAUGAUCUCUACACAUUUUAG